AGCGAUUUCCUGCGUUCGUGGUGGCUGGACCCAUGAUUGCUCUGACACCUGGCAAGAUUUUCUGAAUGACCUUGCUUCUUUUUCUAUCUUGUUUGAUUUUCUCCUGCUUGACCUUCUCCUGGUUAAAAUUCUGGGGGGAAAUGACAGACUCCAAGCAAGUCACCAAGAGCACACCCGAAGGGAGCUGUAGCCCAAGCCAAGCGCCUUUUCCAGCCUCAGACAGCUCAGGGGAGCCGCCGCAGAAAAAUGAUAAUAACGGCCCUCUGCCAGAGACUCCUAAGCGGGCUGAGCCAGCCUCCCACAGAGGUGCCGACGAUACCGAUCAGCAAAGAACUUCCGGGCCACCCCCACGCCAGAAUCCCCCAGGAGACUCCCUUUCCUCUGAUGACACCUCCCCAGCGCCCCAAGCCAAUGCAACAGGGACCGCAGACCUGAAGACCCCAGAUACCGAUGGCCCGUCGUCUCCAGCCAAGCCCCAGGGCCCGCGAGCCAGACCCCUCUCCAAGAAAGACGAGAAGCAGGAGCACAUCAAGAGGCAGCUGAUGACCAACUUUAUCCUGGGCUCCUUCGACGACAACUCCUCCGAUGAGGACCCCAGUGCCGGCUUGUUCCGAGAGUCUCCCCGGAAGGGCAGCCGGGCCAGCCUGGGGACUCUGUCUCUGGAGGCUGCUCUCACUGCAGGCGAGCCGGAGAACCCCGUCCCCACCAUAAGACCCAGCAUGUCCGGACUCCACCUGGUGAAGAAGGGCCGAGAACUAAAGAAGGUGGACCUGCACCGAGACUUUACCGUGGCCUCCCCGGCUGAGUUUGUCACGCGCUUCGGGGGGGAUCGGGUCAUUGAGAAGGUGCUCAUCGCCAACAACGGCAUCGCCGCCGUGAAGUGCAUGCGCUCCAUCCGCAGGUGGGCCUAUGAGAUGUUCCGCAACGAGCGGGCCAUCCGGUUUGUUGUCAUGGUGACCCCAGAGGACCUGAAGGCCAAUGCAGAGUAUAUCAAGAUGGCAGAUCAGUACGUCCCUGUCCCAGGAGGGCCCAACAACAACAACUAUGCCAACGUGGAGCUGGUUGUGGACAUUGCCAAGAGGAUCCCCGUGCAGGCGGUGUGGGCUGGCUGGGGCCAUGCUUCCGAAAACCCCAAACUCCCGGAGCUCCUGUGCAAGCAUGAGAUUGCUUUCUUAGGCCCUCCCAGUGAGGCCAUGUGGGCCUUGGGAGAUAAGAUCGCCUCCACCAUUGUGGCCCAGACGCUGCAGGUCCCAACACUGCCUUGGAGCGGAAGUGGUCUGAUGAUAGAGUGGGCAGAAGAUAAUCUGCAGGAGGGGAAAAGGAUCAGUGUCCCAGAAGACAUUUACGACCAGGGUUGUGUGAAAGAUGUGGAUGAGGGCCUAGAGGUGGCAGAGAAAAUUGGUUUUCCCUUGAUGAUCAAAGCUUCUGAAGGCGGUGGAGGGAAAGGAAUCCGGAAAGCAGAGAGUGCUGAGGACUUCCCAAUCCUUUUCAGACAAGUGCAGAGUGAGAUCCCGGGCUCCCCGAUCUUCCUCAUGAAGCUGGCCCAGCACGCCCGGCACCUGGAGGUCCAGAUCCUCGCCGACCAGUACGGGAACGCCGUGUCUCUGUUCGGGCGUGACUGCUCCAUCCAGCGGCGGCAUCAGAAGAUCAUCGAGGAGGCACCGGCCACCAUCGCCACACCGGCUGUGUUCGAGUUCAUGGAGCAGUGUGCCGUCCGCCUGGCCAAGACCGUGGGCUACGUGAGCGCGGGGACGGUGGAAUACCUCUACAGCCAGGAUGGCAGCUUCCACUUUCUGGAGCUGAAUCCCCGCCUGCAGGUGGAGCACCCGUGCACGGAAAUGAUCGCCGACGUCAACCUGCCGGCCGCCCAGCUACAGAUCGCCAUGGGGGUGCCAUUGCACCGGCUGAAGGAUAUCCGGCUUCUGUACGGAGAGUCACCAUGGGGGGUGACACCCAUUUCAUUUGAAACUCCUUCUAACCCUCCGCUCGCCCGAGGCCAUGUCAUCGCGGCCAGAAUCACCAGCGAGAACCCAGAUGAGGGGUUUAAGCCAAGCUCCGGAACGGUUCAGGAACUGAAUUUCCGCAGCAACAAGAAUGUGUGGGGUUAUUUCAGCGUGGCUGCUACUGGCGGCUUACACGAAUUUGCGGAUUCCCAGUUCGGGCACUGCUUCUCCUGGGGAGAGAACCGGGAAGAGGCCAUUUCGAACAUGGUGGUGGCUUUGAAGGAGCUGUCCAUCCGGGGCGACUUCAGGACCACCGUGGAGUAUCUCAUUAACCUGCUGGAGACCGAGCGUUUCCAGAACAAUGACAUCGACACAGGGUGGUUGGAUCACCUCAUCGCUGAGAAAGUGCAGGCUGAGAAGCCAGAUAUCAUGCUUGGGGUGGUGUGUGGAGCCUUGAACGUGGCCGAUGUGAUGUUCAGAACCUGCAUGACGGAUUUCUUACACUCGCUGGAAAGGGGCCAGGUCCUUCCUGCCGCUUCUCUGCUGAACAUCGUGGAUGUGGAAUUAAUUUAUGAUGGUGUUAAGUACAUUCUCAAGGUGGCCCGGCAAUCUCUGACCAUGUUCGUCCUCAUCAUGAACGGCUGUCACAUCGAGAUCGACGCCCACCGGCUGAAUGACGGCGGGUUACUGCUGUCCUACAAUGGCAACAGCUAUACCACCUACAUGAAAGAAGAGGUUGACAGUUACCGUGUUACCAUUGGCAACAAGACCUGUGUAUUUGAGAAGGAGAACGAUCCCACGGUCCUGAGGUCCCCUUCGGCCGGGAAGCUAAUACAGUACACGGUGGAGGACGGGGGCCACGUCGAGGCUGGGAGCAGCUACGCGGAGAUGGAGGUGAUGAAGAUGAUCAUGACCCUGAACGUGCAGGAAAGCGGCCGGGUGAAGUACAUCAAGCGCGCGGGGGCCGUGCUGGAAGCGGGCUGUGUGGUGGCCAAGCUGGAGCUCGAUGACCCUUCCAAAGUGCGCCCGGCCGAGCCAUUCACAGGAGAGCUCCCUUCCCAGCAAACUCUGCCCAUCAUCGGAGAGAAACUACACCAGGUUUUCCACAACGUCCUGGAAAACCUGACCAACGUCAUGAACGGCUACUGUCUGCCAGAGCCUAUUUUUAGCACAAAGCUGAAGGAGUGGGUGCAGAAACUCAUGACGACCCUGCGGCACCCGUCCCUGCCGCUGCUGGAGCUGCAGGAGAUCAUGACCAGCGUGUCGGGCCGCAUCCCCGCCCCCGUGGAGAAGUCGGUCCGCAGGGUGAUGGCUCAGUAUGCCAGCAACAUCACCUCGGUGCUGUGCCAGUUCCCCAGCCAGCAGAUAGCCAGUAUCCUUGACUGCCACGCGGCCACCCUGCAGCGGAAGGCUGACCGGGAGGUGUUCUUCAUGAACACCCAGAGCAUCGUGCAGCUGGUCCAGAGGUACCGCAGCGGGACCCGCGGCUACAUGAAGGCAGUGGUGUUGGAUCUCCUGAGAAGAUAUUUACGCGUGGAACACCAUUUCCAACAAGCUCACUACGACAAGUGUGUGAUCAACCUCAGGGAGCAGCUGAAGCCAAACAUGUCCCAGGUGCUGGACUGCAUCUUUUCCCACGCGCAGGUGGCCAAGAAGAACCAGCUGGUGAUCAUGUUGAUCGAUGAGCUCUGUGGCCCAGACCCUUCCCUGUCGGAAGAGCUGACCUCCAUCCUCAACGAGCUCACUCAGCUGAGCAAAAGCGAGCAUUGCAAAGUGGCCCUCAGAGCGAGACAGAUCCUGAUCGCCUCCCACCUCCCGUCCUACGAGCUGAGGCACAACCAGGUGGAGUCCAUUUUCCUGUCCGCCAUCGACAUGUAUGGCCACCAGUUCUGCCCGGAAAACCUCAAGAAAUUAAUACUGUCAGAGACGACCAUAUUCGACGUCCUGCCCACUUUCUUCUACCACGCUAACAAGGUCGUUUGCAUGGCGUCCCUGGAGGUUUACGUGCGAAGGGGCUACAUCGCCUAUGAGUUAAACAGCUUGCAGCACCGGCAGCUCCCAGAUGGCACCUGCGUGGUAGAAUUCCAGUUCAUGCUGCCCUCCUCCCACCCAAACCGGAUGGCCGUGCCCAUCAGUGUCACCAACCCCGACCUGCUGAGGCACAGCACCGAGCUCUUCAUGGACAGCGGCUUUGCCCCACUGUGUCAGCGGAUGGGGGCCAUGGUUGCCUUCAGGAGAUUUGAGGACUUCACAAGAAACUUCGACGAAGUCAUCUCCUGCUUUGCCAACGUGCCCAGGGAAAUCCCCCUCUUCAGGAAGGCCUGCACUCCCUUGUACUCUGAAGAAGAGAACAAGAGCCUCAGAGAGGAGCCAAUCCACAUCCUGAAUGUGGCCAUCCAGUACGCGGACCACCUGGAAGAUGAGGAGCUGGUGCCGAUUUUCCGGACGUUCGUACAGUCCAAGAAAAACAUCCUUGUGGAAUAUGGACUCCGAAGAAUCACAUUCCUGAUUGCCCAAGAGAAAGAAUUUCCGAAGUUUUUCACAUUCAGAGCAAGAGAUGAGUUUGCAGAAGAUCGCAUUUACCGUCACCUGGAACCCGCCCUGGCCUUCCAGCUGGAGCUCAGCCGGAUGCGCAGCUUCGAUCUGACCGCCGUGCCCUGCGCCAACCACAAGAUGCACCUGUACCUGGGCGCUGCCAAAGUGAAAGAAGGCGCGGAGGUGACAGACCACAGAUUCUUCAUCCGCGCCAUCAUCAGGCACUCGGACCUCAUUACGAAGGAAGCCUCCUUUGAGUACCUGCAGAACGAGGGUGAGCGUCUGCUCCUGGAAGCCAUGGAUGAGCUGGAGGUGGCGUUCAACAACACCAGUGUGCGCACCGACUGCAACCACAUCUUCCUGAACUUCGUGCCCACCGUCAUCAUGGACCCCUUCAAGAUCGAGGAGUCCGUGCGUUCCAUGGUUAUGCGCUACGGCAGCCGGCUGUGGAAACUCCGCGUGCUGCAGGCUGAGGUCAAGAUCAACAUCCGCCAGACCACCACCGGCAGUGCUGUUCCCAUCCGCCUGUUCAUCACCAACGAAUCGGGCUACUACCUGGACAUCAGCCUCUACAAAGAAGUCACCGACCCCAGAUCUGGAAACAUCAUGUUUCACUCCUUUGGCAACAAACAGGGCCCCCAGCACGGGAUGCUGAUCAACACUCCCUACGUCACCAAGGAUCUGCUUCAGGCCAAGCGAUUCCAGGCCCAGUCCCUGGGCACCACCUACGUGUACGACUUCCCAGAGAUGUUCAGGCAGGCUCUCCUUAAACUGUGGGGCUCCACGGACAAGUACCCCAAAGACAUCCUGACAUACACCGAGCUCGUGCUGGACCCUCAGGGCCAGCUGGUGGAGAUGAACCGCCUCCCUGGAGGAAAUGAGGUGGGCAUGGUGGCCUUCAAGAUGAGGUUUAAGACCCGAGAGUAUCCAGAAGGGCGGGACGCGAUCGUCAUCAGCAAUGACAUCACCUUCCGCAUUGGAUCCUUCGGCCUGGGAGAAGACCUUUUGUAUCUGCGUGCGUCUGAGAUGGCCCGGGCAGAGGGUAUCCCCAAAAUCUACCUCGCAGCCAACAGCGGGGCCUGUAUCGGCCUUGCAGAGGAGAUCAAGCACAUGUUCCAGGUGGCUUGGGUGGACCCAGGAGACCCCCACAAAGGAUUUAAAUACCUGUACCUGACACCUCAAGACUACACCAGAAUCAGCUCCCUAAACUCUGUCCGUUGUAAACACAUCGAGGAAGAGGGAGAGUCCAGGUAUGUCAUCACGGAUAUCAUCGGGAAGGACCGUGGCCUGGGCGUGGAGAACCUCAAGGGCUCGGGCAUGAUUGCAGGGGAGUCCUCCCUAGCUUACGAAGAGAUCGUCACCAUCAGUAUGGUGACCUGCCGAGCCCUUGGGAUCGGGGCCUACUUGGUGAGGCUGGGCCAGCGAGUGAUCCAGGUGGAAAAUUCGCACAUCAUCCUGACGGGAGCCAGCGCUCUCAACAAGGUCCUGGGCAGAGAGGUUUACACCUCCAACAACCAGCUGGGCGGCGUGCAGAUCAUGCAUCACAACGGCGUCUCCCACGUCACUGUGCCAGACGACUUCGAGGGCGUGUACACCAUCCUGGAGUGGCUGUCCUAUAUGCCAAAGGAUAAUCGCAGUCCAGUCCCCAUCACCACACCCUCGGACCCCAUUGACCGAGAAAUUGGAUUCUUCCCGUCCAGGGCUCCCUACGACCCCCGGUGGCUGCUUGCAGGACGGCCUCACCCAACUCUGAAGGGAUCCUGGCAGAGUGGAUUCUUUGACCACGGCAGUUUCAAGGAAAUCAUGGCACCUUGGGCCCAGACGGUGGUGACAGGAAGAGCGAGGCUAGGGGGGAUCCCUGUUGGAGUGAUCGCCGUGGAGACGCGGACCGUGGAGGUGGUAGUGCCUGCAGACCCUGCCAACCUGGAUUCCGAGGCCCAGAUAAUCCAGCAGGCGGGCCAGGUGUGGUUCCCAGACUCAGCCUACAAGACGGCCCAGGCCAUCAACGAUUUCAACCGAGAGGGAUUGCCCCUGAUAAUCUUUGCCAACUGGAGGGGGUUCUCCGGUGGCAUGAAAGACAUGUACGACCAGGUGCUAAAGUUUGGAGCCUACAUCGUGGACAGCCUCAGGCAGUACAAACAGCCCAUCCUGAUCUAUAUCCCACCCCACGGGGAACUCCGGGGGGGCUCCUGGGUGGUCGUGGACUCCUCCAUCAACCCCCUGCGCAUAGAAACGUACGCAGACAAGGAGAGCAGGGCGAGCAUUCUGGAGCCGGAGGGAACAGUGGAGAUUAAGUUCCGAAAGAAAGAUCUGAUAAAGACCAUGAGGAGGAUCGACCCAGUUUAUAAGAAGCUCGUGGAACAGCUAGGAGUGUCCGAGCUCUCCGAUAAGGACCGCAAGGACCUGGAGGGCCAGCUGAAGGCCCGGGAGGACCUGCUCCUGCCCAUCUACCACCAGGUGGCGGUGCUGUUCGCCGACCUCCACGACAGGGCCCAAGGCUUGCUGGAGAAGGGUGUCGUCUCUGAAAUCGUGGAGUGGAAGACCUCACGCGCCUUCCUGUACUGGCGUCUGCGCCGCCUCCUGCUGGAGGACCAGGUCAAGCAGGAGAUCCUGCAGGCCAGCAGUGAGCUGAGCCACGUGCACAUCCAGUCCAUGCUGCGUCGGUGGUUCGUGGAGACGGAGGGGGCCGUCAAGGCCUACCUGUGGGAUAACAACCAGAUGGUGGUAAAGUGGCUGGAACAGCACUGGCAGGGCGGGGGCGGCCUGCGUUCCACCAUCCGCGAGAACAUCAAGUGUUUGAAGCGCGACUCCGUCCUCAAGACCAUCAGACGCCUGGUUCAAGACAACCCUGACGUGGCCGUGGACUGCAUCGUGUACCUGAGCCAGCACAUUAGCUCAGCAGAGCGGGCCGAAGUCAUUCACCUCCUGUCCACCAUGGACAGCCCAGCCUCCACCUGACCCCGGCCCACCCGGCCGCUUUCAGGACCACGGGCAAAAGAAACCACGCUGACCCGCCUACCGCAGGCCUCAUCAGGACCGUGGGGGUUUGCUUUUUAAAAAGAAAAAAGCAAAAAAAAUAAAACCCUCAAAACCCCCAAACCCCCCAAACCCUAGGCAUCUCUGCAGGGCUGCUGGCCUCCCACUCACUCCUGUCCCAAUAAAAAGCUCAGGAGAGCCCCUUCCGAGCAGAAAUAGCUUCCUCUCCAUCACUGGGAAGUUGGCUCUGGUGUCUCUUGAGACAUCCUUUUUUUUUUUUUUUUUUUUUUUUUUUUGCCGCAUCCCUGAAUCACAUUGAACCCAAACCCCCCCAUUUCCUUUUGCUUUCCAGUGCCUGGUGUGCGGGCUCCAGGUGUUCUCUUGGGCUCGUUUUAUAUCAGAUCACAGAAUCUUUGUAUUUUUCUACUCUGAGACCAACUCCUGAUUGUAAGCGUCUUACGUAGUUCGGCAAAGUAGGCCGAGGAAGGAAGCGCAGACACAGCCUGGUUUUUGUCAUGAUGCUUAUUCCGGAAACUGUCAAGUCACCUGGGAAAGGGCAUGAAUGGUUUUUUAAGAGACUAAAACGGUAGGUCGUUCCCCCACGUGGCCCCUAGAGGGGCGCCAGGAACGUCUCGCUGGUAAGGCCGUGCUGAUUCUGUUUUCGAAAGAGGGAAAGCAAAUGGGCAGAACUGUUUGGCCGCACAUUUCAGGACCUUUGAAGAAAGCUUCCGUGUGGCUCCCAGCCCUCCCAGCCGGCCCCUUCCCUGGGAGGAGGACAAGGACGGCCCCCCGGUCCCCUGCGUGCAGCCUCGUGGCCGGGUUGGGAACACGAAGGCAGAAGGCAGACGGUCACCGGGCUCACAGCCCAGCUGGCUCGUGAGUGUCACUGCGGGGAUUGCCACUACUCACCUCGGAGGCCCCCUCUGCCGGCACCCCCUCACCUGGUGCCUUGAUGUCUGGGCAGGGAUCUGGCCCCAAGGGGCAGAGCUCUUGGUUUGCAAGGACUGGACCAGGAGGGCCACACCAAUUUGCUCAGGGAGGCCCCUGCGACCUGCCCUCCAGCACUGGGUUCUGGAGGCCACAGGGCAUCGGGGGCAUGCUGUCCUCCCGGCCCCGUCCAUCAGUUCUUGGGUGCCGGUGAUGGGGACAGUUCCCCCCCCCCCCCCCCCCCCACUGCUGGGAUGGGAAGUUUGUCUGAGGAACCUUGCCGGUUCAGAGACUGACGAGGCUGCCCAGGGGAAGCCCCCCACCAGCCCGGAUGCUUCCACUGCCUGAGUG